AUGGCCCAAUCCCAGCAAGACAACAGGCCUCUCGGCCCCGCUGUCGAGCCCCGUCCCGCUCUCACCCCAGAACACAAACACUUUCACGGCGAACACGUCACGCUCCGGCCCCUCGCUCCCUCCGACCUCGACGCGCUACUUCCCUUGAUCAGCGGCCCCGACAAGGCCUGGCUCUUCGACUACAUGCCAGACGGGCCCAUCCCGGCCUCCUCUGGCGGCCAGGACACCUACCGUGCCGUCUUCGCGUCCAAAUGCGCCUCCAAGGACCCGCUCUUCUUCUCUGUCCUCGUCAAAGGCCAAGUCCUCGGCUGGAUCGCCAUCAUGCGCAUCGACGCCGGCAAUGGCGUCGCGGAGAUCGGACACGUCAUGUUCUCGCCCCCGCUGCAGCGCACGGCGGCGGCGACGGAAGCCGUGUAUCUGCUCGCGCGGUACGUCUUCGAGGACCUGCGCUACCGGCGGCUGGAGUGGAAGACGAAUGACCUGAACGAGGCGAGCAAGCGGGCGGCGGUGCGAUUGGGCUUCACGUGGGAGGGGCGGUUCAGAGCCCACAUGGUUGCGAAGGGGCGAAGGAGAGAUACGGUGUGGUUUUCAAUGAUAGAGGAGGAUUGGUUCGGAAGGGAUGGAAAGGGAGGUGCCGGAGAGGCGUUGAAGCGGUGGUUGGAUGAGGCCAAUUUCGACAGCGAGGGGAAGCAGAGGAAGAAGCUGGAGGAUAUGAGGCGGGACGUGGUUGGCGGCGUGUGUGCAUAG